GUGAAUGACCUGAUAAAAGAGAGCUGCAUGGCACAGAGCAUUGGAGCCCUACAGCUGGUCAGAAAAAAAUUGAUAUUAACAUCUUCGUAGGGUAUGGGGAAAAGGCCAUCCAAUCAGAGACCUAAGCAUAAAGUCCUUCAGGUACUUACCCUCCAACAUGGAUGUGAUUGAGUGGCUCGCUGCAUACUACAUAAAGACACAUUUCUUUGAAAAGGCCAUCCAGUACUUUGAAAGAGCCAAACUCAGACAACCUACUCAGGUGAAGUGGCAGCUAAUGGUGGCGAGCUGCUACAGGAGAAGUGGAAACUACCAGAAAGCUCUGGAAACCUACAAAGACAUUCACCGCCUGCGGUUCUUGGUGAGGCUGUGCACCGAUACGGGACUGAAGGAAGUCCAAGAAUACGCCACAAAACUGAAGAAGGUUGAGAAGAUGAAAGAGAUCAGAGAACAGAGGGUGAAGUCUGGGCGAGAGGGCAGCGGCAGAGACACGGACGAAACAGAUUCUCAGUCUGAGCCCAAACUACUCAGUCCACUGUUGGACUCAGGGCGAGACAGCAGCUGCAGCAGCAGCAGCAGCACUAAAGGAGAGUGUCUGAGCACCAAGAUGAGGUCACUUCCUGGUUUGCAUGAGCCGUAUGAGGCGAGCAGCCCAAAAGAAUUAGAUGCAUCUUACAUGGACCCUCUGGGGCCGCAGAUGGAGAGACCGAAGACGGGUGCAAAGAAACGGGUGGAAGAUGACGGCUUUGUAGAUGAAGAGCUGGGAGAUGAUCUGCUGCCGGAGUAGCUGCUUUCACUGUCUGCCUUUACUGCAACUCUCAACAUUUUCUGUUUUAUCUACUCUUUAAAAGGCAGGAAAAGUCAGCACAAAACAGAAUUAUUUUAAACACAACUCUUAAGUGAAAUGUGACAGGAUAAAGACUAGGGCUGGGCAUUGUUAAGAACCUCACAAUUCAAUUCGAUUUCAAUUCUUUAGGUUGCGAUUCGAUUCGAUAUCAAUAUCAAUUCGAUAUUGAUUUAAGUGCUUCAAUGUCGAUUCAGUAAGAAGCAGAAUUACACAAAUAACUUGUUGACAAUGUUUUAAUAAUUAUUUUCAAUCCCAUGUGAACAUAUUUGGUAAGUCACCUCACAUUUUUGAGCAAUAAAACAU